AGACACGCCCCCACAUGACAUCAUUCUAUCCCUCCCUCUACAUGUCACGACUUCCUCAAAGUAUCAAUAUGGAGCUUUUGCGGCCCAUCCAGAGGAAGGAGCAGAGCGUUUGAAUGUUACACAGAAUUGUGGCGUCAGAAAGUUUAAAUGUCAGAGAGAGGCAACAUUGCGCAAGGAAGGGAUUGCUAAAGGUAAAUCAAGGAGCAUCAAAAGCCCUUGGCUCAGGUCUUGGAUACUUGGAACACAUCUGUCAGCUCAUAGAAAAAAUUGGGCAGCUCCAGGAACACAACCUCAAGCUGCAAAGGCAAGUCUUUGCCUUGCAAAAAGAGGACAGAAUGAAACAGAUGAAAGAGGAGUAUGUUGUACAGCACUGCUGCUGUGGAGCAGCCAAUGUUUUCCUCAGUUCCCACCAAGAGAUGAAGAAACAAGUUCCCUUGAGAAGGAACCGGCCACACAGUAUGUUUGUACAAAGUGGAAAUAACUCUGACCUUUUCAUGAUCCCAGAAACCGGUGUCAACUCAGAGAAGUUUGGCUACAAAGCAUCGAAUGUGCAGAUGAAUGAAAGAAGAAGCCCUUCGUUGCUCGGGUUUAGGAAGUCAGCCAACAAAGUGAAAUUUGAUGAAAGAGAUUUUCAAAAAUUGUGGGACAAGACAUACUGUUAUGCUUUGCCAGAGCAGGAAACUAGAAAGUUUGAUCAUCCAUUCGGAAUUGUCAGGGAACUUCUGAAGAAAACAAAGACCAGAAAUAAGUUGGGAAUAUCGGCAUCUUUGAAAAGUUCAUGCCCUCAGCUCUACAGGCCUGAUCUUGUACAAUGCGAUUUGAAAAGAAAAGAAAGGAACUCAAUGAUUGUUCUUGGACCGAAUACAAAGAGGGAAUCUAUGUGGUCUAGCAAUUUUCUCUUAAGCAGAAAAGAUGAUGAUAUGUGAAGGUGUGGAAGAGGAAGAAGAAGAAGAAAAGCAAGAGGAUGUGGAGAAAAGACAAAAACAGGAUGCUAAGAAAAAUGGAAAACGUGUGGAAGCUGCUCUAUUAGAUGGAAAUGUAAAUAUUGUACACUAUAAAAUGAGCAAUGCAAGUGUACAAAGAUGUGUUGAUUUGGAAUUCCCAGGGCUAUUUAUUCUGCAAA